GCAAGUUUUGGCGGGAAUGGAGUUUUGAAAUUCUAAAGCUUAGAAGAAGUAAAGAGAAACUGAUUCGUAUAAUGCCAGGACGAACCUUACUCCGGCGAAUUCGGAUUGGUGCUCUCCAACAAGGGGAUGAGGGUGUGUUGGUGGUGGGAGUGAUCAUUGCCAAAAGACAAAGCCGUUCUUUUGCUGGCAAAGAUGGGCAUACCAGAUUUGUCGCUGAAAUGACAAUUCGAGACUCGCCUCAGGAUUGGAUUAAUGUGACGUUGUGGAUGGCCAAUGAGGUUUUGGCUGAGGCUUUGGAUGCCAAUUAUCAUGUGGGAGAUGUGGUCGAAAUUGCUCAACCCAAGGUGCAAUUGAAGGAAUCCGAGCCAAAGUUCUCACCCACUGUUUCCAGUCCAUUCCAAUUGACAUUCUCUGAUCCUCCAUCCUCAAUAAUGAAGCACCCCGAGCGUCGUCCAGAUUUGCAGAGAUUACUGCAAGUACCGACGAAAUCCUUGGCAUAUUUCUGUACUCUAGCAGACAUUCACACCAAUCCUCAUAUCCAAGCUGGAAAUGAAGUUGAUCUGCUGGGAGCCAUUCGAGCCGUAGGACCCACUCGAAAGUUCAAGACCAAAGGUCGUCCUGAAGCCAAAGAAAGAGAAGUCCGAGAAAUCCGACUGUUUGACCAGUUGAGCUCAAACUUAAUCCUUAAGCUUUGGGAUUUUGAGUGGAUUCACAUGGCUGAUGACUGGACCCCGACCCAAGAUAUUCUGUUCCUCGCAGAUGUUAGAGUGGAUAAAGAUGAUUUUCGUCAGUGCAAGGUUGUCACGGCCACUUCUAGGACCAUCAUCGCUAUCAAUCCAAACAUUGAGGAGGCCAAACACUUAGCCACCUAUGCCAGACACGCCAACUUCUCCCUUGGCGCCCAAGUUGAACGAUCUGUAUCCACUAUUGAUUAUCAAACCAUAAGAAAAGUGAGCAAUAUUGUCACCCUUCAAGAUCUAACCAAUACCGGGGGAAUAUCCGGUGAAUCAGAUUUUCCCUCGAUCGUUUUCGGCUACAUCACAAAAAUGGAUUUGGAUGGAGAUGUUGGCAAGAUCGUGCAUUUAAGAUGCAGCGAGUGCCAUUCAAUCAUUCCCGUUGCGACGAAACUGUGCUCGAACAUUGACUGUCAGGCCUUCAACGACCACAACUUCGUUCAGCGACAGACACCUAAAUGGAACCUAAAGAUGGAUGUCUCAGACUCGACUGGAACUUUGGAGAAUUGCAGGGUAGAUGGAGAUGCCGCCACUCGCCUGGUGGGUAAGAUUGAGGAGUUUGUGGAUCUCUCGGAAGCCGAUAAAACAAGCUUGAAAUGGCGUCAUUUCAUUCAACCAGUGAAAUUGUGGCUGGUGAUCUUGCUACCUAACAUGGAUCGCGCCCGAAGUUCAACGGUAAUACUAAAUUGGAAUCCGGUUACACUUGACGAAUUUGCCAAGGAUACACCGAUUCCUCCCAUUCAGUAGGAGACGAAAAAUUAUUCCUGAAGCAGUAAGCUCAUUGUGUUAUUAUUCAAUAACCUCAGGUACUAUGGUUAAGUUGUUUGGCCCAAAUUGAAAAUGGAACAAUAUCAAAUUGGUAUAGAUCGAACAAUAGAAAACGCCUUUUUCGAGACCUCA